CCUCAUCCCGAAGGCCAAGAUCAAGACGGUCAAGAUGACGCUCGUGAUUGUCUUCGUCUUCAUCCUGUGCUGGUCGCCGUACAUCGUGUUCGACCUGCUGCAAGUGUACGGCUACGUGCAGACCCGUACGCAGACGAGCGUGGCGGUGGCGACCUUCAUCCAGUCUCUGGCGCCACUCAACUCCGCCGCCAACCCUAUCAUCUACUGUCUCUUCUCGACGCACAUUUGUCGUAAUCUCAGAAGAAUCCCUGCGAUAAACUGGGUGGUGACGAGAGUGUUCCCGUGCCUGGCGUGUGCCCAGCAGCCCCUGGAGCCGGACGGCCCCUUCCGCCGCUACGGUACCGAGUACACGACCAUGUCUGACGCCUCCAGCCGCCGCCACACUCUCACCUCCGUCAGGUAUAAUGCCAGGUACAACCCGAUGCGUCAGGGCGUCGAGCUCAACAAGGGCGUGACGCAGACGACGACGGUGCCGAAGGAGUACCUCAACACCGAGCUCCUCACGUACAACACCAAGAGGAAACAUGACACGUACAUCCGGGGAUCCGUCGUUUAGGGAAAUGGCACCAUGGCACUGGGAAUUUCAAACGGCGAAAUAUUGAUAAAUUGAUAUGGAAAUAAGUGAUGAAAUAUAUCUCGAGUCCUGUGUGUGAAUGAAGAGAAAUGCGUGUUGAAAAUAUGAACUUAUACAUUACAUAUACUGUAUAUAUA